AUUCUGUUUUUAUUUUAUUUUUUAUUUUUACUCUCGGUUUCUUACGAGUUUUGGCGUUGUUUCAAAUUUGUCUUGGUGAGGAAAGGAUAUUAACUUUUAUCCAUGGGGACUCCGAAAAUGCCCAACCGCAGAGCAUCCAAAAGAGUCCUGAAGCCGGUGAUUGAGAAGAAGAGGAGAGAUCGGAUCAAUCAGCGUCUGGACGAACUGAGAACCUUACUGCUGGACAACACACUCGACUCGAGAUUACAAAACCCUAAACUGGAAAAAGCAGAGAUCUUGGAGCUGACUGUGGAGUACAUCAGGAAAAAAUCCACAAACUCAAAAGAUAAUACUGCAGAUUGUACCAGAGAGCCGGGCGAUGGUGUCGCCCCCGCACGGACCACCGGGAGACCCCGCGUGCCAGUCGCAGGGCUCCACGAGGGCCCUAACGUCCAGGCUCACGCCCCCUCCGGCCCACUCUACACCGCCGGCUUCCAGGAGUGCAUCUCUCGCCUGACCAGCUUCAUCGAGUGUGUGGAUCUGUCGCAGCGGGAGAACUUCAUCCAGGGCCUUCGACAUCACCUGCAGUCACACACUGACGCCCUGUCACAUAUCAGAGGUCAGGGGCAGACUCACGCCUGGGUCACAGGUGACGUCCGAGCGAGCACGGAGCCCUUCUCGUUCGCUAACGGGUUGUAUCCCAAUUCCUUCGUCCUGCAUCAUCCCUAUCCAUCUCCUCCGUACUCGCUGUCUCCUCCUCCUUCACCCUGCUACUCCUCCUCUCCGACAUACCUGUCUGUCCCCUGCCACUUCCACUUCCCUCCAUCUGUCUCUCCUCUGUCUGACUCCUCCUCGUCCUCCUCGUCUUUCACCACGUCCACGCCGGCCGUCACGGCGAGCGUAGCACCGGCGACCCAGGCUCCUCCACGACCUCUGUCCCCUCACUGCAUCUCAGCCCAGCGGACUCUGAGGCGCGAGCUCUUCCCAAGUCAGACACAUGCCAUCUGGAGGCCGUGGUGAGAGCACACACACACACACACACACACACAGGACUGCUUAAAUGAAUGCACCAUGGCUGCGUCCUAUUUAAACUCCCAUCACUGGGGUUGUGUCUCAUUUCAAUGCUGAGGCAGUGAGGUGUCUAAGGUGAGGAAGACGGAUUUAUGUCUCAGCUCUGAAUCGACGUUCUGAAAUUUCUGUGCAAAUCAUUUCGGCUGUUUUUGAACAUUCCUCUUCUCAUCUCUGAGUGUAUCGACCCAUU